UGGUGUGUGGGAGUGAACUCUUUUUAAAAAGAUAGCGGUAAAGUGUCACGAGGCUGCUGUGGUGGAUAAAAUCCACGUGGACACAAGAUAACCACCAAAAACCUCCACUGUCAUCCUCCUCUCCACCAACCACCAACCACCACUACCACCACCACCACCACCAUCACCGGAUUUCACACAAACAAAUUCACGUAGAAUCAGUUUCCCAAACAUGAUAUCGAUCAGCUCGACUGAUUGACUUUAGGUUACAAAAAUGGCAUUAAAAUCUACGCCUCCAAUUUCUUCCUCCUUACACUUCCCGCAUUUAUCAGUGGUUCGUUCGCCGCCGUACAUUCUGUUUACAAGAUGCAAAUCGAUCAGGUCAACAUAUCCGGCGAUCUCUCUGCGGAAGAGCUGCUAUUUUCUGUUCCCAAUUCCACUGGAAGUCUUAUCGACCGGUAGGUCUAAGCGUUAUACAAAAUCAACGGAAGAUAGUAGACAGGAAACUCCUGCUGGUGAUAAUGACGACGAUGAUUCCAUUGAAGAGACUUAUCCCAGCUCAGAUGAUUUUGAUAAAGUUACUUCCAGUGAUUCGAGGAAAAGUAUCUCGUCCUUGUCUGAUGCUCUUAACCUUGGGAGUCGUGAUCCUGUUUAUGAGGUUGUGGAAGUUAGUUCAAAAGGAAUGGUCUCAACCCGAAAAGUUAACAGGAGGCAUCUACUAAAAUCAAGUGGUCUUCGUCCACGUGACAUACGAAGUGUUGAUCCCUCAUUAUGGUUGACAAACACAAUGCCCUCUUUACUGGUUCGUGAAAAUGCGAUACUAUUGAAUUUAGGCUCAUUGCGUGCAAUUGCAAUGCAAGAAUGUGUCUUUAUAUUCAACUACAAUCGUAGAGGAGGAAAAGCUUUUAUAGAUGAUUUGUUACCUCGAUUAAACCCUAAAAGUAUGAUUGGAGGAGGCGUAAUAAUGCCCUUUGAGCUUGAGGUAGUUGAAGCUGCACUUAAUUCACGAAUACAGCACUUUGAACACAGACUAAUGGAUUUAGACCCACACGUUCAAGAUUUACUCAAGGUUUUACCAAACCGAUUAACAGCUAACAUACUGGAACAGCUUCGUAUAUGCAAGCAAACUUUGGUGGAACUUGGAUCAAAAGCAGGAGCACUAAGACAAAUGCUGCUUGAUAUGUUGGAAGAUUCUCAAGAAAUUCGUCGACUUUGUAUUGUGGGUAGAAACUGUAUAUUGAGUAGAAAUAGCAAUGUUGAAUGCUCAGUUCCACUUGAGAAGCAGAUUGAUGAGGAAGAGGAAGAAGAAAUUGAAAUGUUGUUGGAAAAUUAUCUUCACAGAUGUGAGUCAUGUCAUAAUCAAGCAGAAAGGCUUCUUGAUUCCGCAAGAGAAAUGGAAGAUUCCAUUGCUGUUAACUUGAGUUCACGGAGGCUUCAGGUGAGCAGAUUUGAAUUGCUUCUUCAGGUUGGGAGCUUUUGUCUAGGAGCUGGUGCUCUUGUUUCAGGUAUAUUUGGGAUGAAUUUAAGAUCCUAUAUUGAAGAACAUGUGUUUGCGUUUUGGCUUACAACAGCCGGAAUUAUCUUCGGCGGAUCUUGCAAGAUCAAGGGAUGAUAAUACCAUUUGAGGUGAAUAUGCAAGGUUUUAGCAAGAUGGAAGAAUAGAUAUAUUUUGUGUAUAAUUGUAUGUAAAUUCUAAAUGUUCAUUGUGUACACACCAUGAUAGAUAAAUACGAUACAAGAUUUUUUGUCGAUUAUUGUUUGGAUAAAGUGUUGUCUGGAU